AUGCGCUUCUUCGCAACGAUUGUCCUUGCAAUGACUGCCGUUACGGCUGGUGCCAUGCCCGUCACCGCCGAUGCCAACUCGUACUUCAUUAGCAAGCGCGAUUGCCCCGGGGGCAGUGUUACGAAUUGCGCUGCAGGACUCGACGCCUUCUGUAAUAUCGAAUGCUUGAGUGCGGAUGGGGACCUGGGGUGCCUCAGCAGUUGCAUCAACAACAAUUUUUCCCUUUGCCAGGCUCAAUGCCAGUAA